AUGUCGAAAGCAGUGUAUACACGGUUGCCUCCCUUGCCGGCUUUACGAGAUUUCAUAAACAUGUACCGGCUCAGGGCCAAAAAAAUUCUUUCGCAAAAUUACAUAAUGGACAUGAAUGUCACGAGGAAGAUUAUUCGAUCCGCCCAGGUUAAAGAGGGCGAUUGGGUAACGGAAGUUGGUCCAGGACCGGGGGGCAUCACAAGGGCUAUACUAGAAGCUGGAGCUUCCCGAUUAGAUGUUGUUGAAAUAGAUCAUAGAUUCAUACCACCAUUGCAACAUCUUGCGGAAGCUGCUGAUGGCAGAUUGAAUAUUCAUCACUCCGAUGUUCUCAAAACAAACAUUGGAGAGAUAUGGAGUAAUAGUGAAAAUCAUCCACAGAGAGCUAAUUGGCACGAUGAUCCUCCAACUUAUCAUGUGAUAGGAAAUUUACCAUUUAAUAUCGCAUCUCCUCUUAUCAUUAAAUUCCUGAAAGAUAUGUCUUAUCGGAGGGGACCAUGGGAGUUUGGUCGAGUUCCAUUAACUUUGACUUUUCAAUUGGAAGUUGCUCAACGCAUUUGUAGUCCUAUAGCAAGUGAUUCAAGAUCGAGAUUAUCAAUCAUGUCUCAAUACGUUUCGGAGCCUAAACUUGUUUUCAAAAUCCCAGGCAGUUGUUUUGUCCCCCGUCCAGAAGUAGAUGUAGGGGUUGUUCGUUUUGUACCUCGUAGGGUUCCAUUAAUCAAUGUCUCCUUUGAGGUGGUUGAAAAGCUUUGUAGACAAGUAUUCCAUUAUAGGCAGAAAUACGUGCUCAAAGGUCUUAGAACACUGUACCCGGAAGAAAUCUCAUUUGACAUGGCUCAUUCUGUACUCUCAAAAAGUGGUGUAGAUCCUACAACGACUUCUGUUCGUAUUGGCAUCGAUGAGUUUGCAUUGAUGGCUCUGGAGUAUGAGCGGCAAUGUGUAGAAAUGCCGGGCCUGUUCCUGUAUGAUUAUACAAAGCCGAAGAAAACUUUGGAGAUUUUAAAAAACGAGAAGAACUGUCUUCCCCCUAUGAACUUAUUCAAAAAUGACCAAAUCCCAAAGGAAGGAAUCAGUUUGAAGGAUUGCACGUUGGGUUCAUAA